ACCUCCCAAACCCCUUUUUCCCAGAAUAAAGAAAUUGGCUUUGCCCGAGUCUCUUUCUGACUCACCCAAAGCCUCGCCCUCUUCUCUUCGCUCUUGCUCUGCUUUGCGCCGUCUCAUAAGUGCCUCCGGCCACCGUCUGAAGCUGCCGUCGUGGUGAUAUCUGGCAAGGAGGUAAAUUUGUGAACAAAGAUAAGCUUGCGGUAAUACUUGCUGCAAGUUGUUGAAAGUUUACUGUCAGCCAUUCAACAGAUGGAGCAGGAUUGCACCCAAUGGACUUGCAACUUGUGUGGGAAUGUGGGAAUGGCUGAUGGAUCAGAUGGCUACUUCUACUGCUUGAGAUGUGGGUCUCAGGCUGAUGACAUCAUUGAUACGGGUGUUGCUGAUGAGGAUUUUAUUGAAAAGGGUUCUCAGGGUGGUGGUGCCCUUUACUUGGCCAGCCAUACUCGCCAUGCUCGCCAACCCAUCCCAGUCCAACCACUCUCACAAGUUGACCCCAAAUCUCUAGAAUUUUGGUCCCGUCUCACCGAAGAGCCUGGAGGCCAUAAUGUUAAUCAAGAUGGAACAGGAGAUGGUGUGGGGCCCACCGGCACAAGUGAUUUUGGCUCUUACCCUGCGUGUGCAUAUAGUUAUGAAGGUUAUUACCAGGAGGUUAGGAACAGAUAUGUGAUGGGGAUGCAGAUGAUGAUAGAAGCUCAAUGUGAGGCUUUAGUGGAGAAGUUUAAUAUGAAACCUUUGAUUUGUGGGAUAGUUGGACCUAUUUGGUUGAGGUUUUUGGCCAGCACUAAGGUUUUUGAUGAUGGUUGGGCCGAUGAGGCUAUUCAUCAAUCUGAGAUAAAAAAAUCAGGAGAAUCUGAAGAUUUUAAACCGCUUUCUCGUCACAAAGCAGAACCUCACAACAUACAUGGUCAGAGAGCAUUAAUUAUAUGGCAUAAAUAUUUAAGAAAAAAAAUUCCGUUAUCUUGUUCUCUAGCUAUUUCUUUUCUAGGAUGCCAUGUUUCAAGAGAAGCAGUUUUGCCAUCAGACGUAAUCAAGUGGGCAGUUGAAGGGAAGCUUACCUAUUUUGAUGCUUUUGUUGAAAUUGAGAAACGCAUUGGACAGUCGUUGCCUCCCUUUCCUUUAAGUCUUAAAAGUAUGUUUAGGCCCAGACAUGCUUGUUCUGCUCAACAGUUGGAAUCACUGGCUGCUACAAUUGCUCAGUGCAUAGGCUUGAAUUUACCCCCAGUGAAUUUCUAUGGAAUUGCUUCCAGAUAUCUAACGGAGUUGUCUCUUCCAGUGGAGAAAAUUCUGCCGCAUGCAUGCCGCAUACAUGAGUGGGCGAUGCCUCCUGAAUUACGGUUGUCAACAAACAAUUUUGGACUUCCUACUUGUGUCCAUGCGAUGGCUAUACUGGUUAUAGCAAUACGGAUUCUAUAUAACAUAAAUGGACUUGGGGUGUGGGAAAAAAGUUUGUCUAGUCAUAUGCUUCCUAGUAGAUCUACUGAAGCCACAAGUAAGGACCCUGCUAGUAGUCCCAAAGUGAGUGACACUGCUGAAAAUGGUUUCGGUUCUCAUAGUGUGGAUUGUAUGGAUACUAGUUCUAGUAGAAACCUAUUAUCUGAUAAUGAAUCCAAGUUUGAUGCUGCUGAGCUUUUGUGCAACCUUGAAGCAAGAUACAAUGAGAUUAACAAUGCAUGUGGCGGUGUUAAAUGUUUGAGAGAUCUUUCUAAAAGCAUGCCGUUGUAUCUACAAUUCUGUCAGGAUGUGGUAUUUGCUGGAUCAGAGCCGGCUGUGGACUUUUAUCAUGAAGAGAAAACUUUAAUUGACAAGCUUUGGGAUUAUUAUCAGAAAGAAAAGGGUUCUGAACCAGAAGAAGAUUUGGGAAGGCGACAUAGCAUUGCCAAUGGCUGUGUGUAUAAAGCGAACAAAAUGGCCCGAGAUAAUGAACAUCAUUCUAGUCCCUCCCAUGAAAGGACUUCUCAUGAAGAUGUAUCGACUCAGAGACACUCAGAUUUUGACCAUUCAUCUAUGACUUCAGAGGAACGUGAAAACUCAGAACCCAGUGACAAAGUUUCAGCAGAGACCAACGAACAUAGAGCGAUUAGACUGAUGAAGAAAAACAUGGAGGAGAACAGAUUCUGUUAUAUCCCACCAAGGGUUAUGCUGAAGAGAUUGGAUUACCUUCAUUAUGCAAGGAAGAAAGAUGAAGGCACCAUUACUUAUGUUGCUCAUGCUGACUACUACAUCCUACUUCGUGCUUGUGCCAUAGUUGCUGAGGUCGACAUGCGGAUUAUGCAUGUCGGGGUACUGAAUAUGGAGAGGAGAUUAGCUUGGUUGGAAAAAAGAAUUGAUCACUGCCUACAUCUGAUUCCUCCUAGUACUACGUGUAAAUUUUGUAGUAAUGAACCAGAGCAAGCUACAGAUGAUCAUACAAUUGGACUUUCAAAUCUGAACCUAUUGUAAGUUUCCAUCCUAGCUUUGUCUCUUAUUUCCUUCCACUCAUUUCUUCCCUUCUAUUAUACUUUUUAGGUUGUUAGGUUUUAGUUUUAGUUGAAUCAAAACUCAUGGUUUGAAAUUUGGUUCGAAAUCUAUCGAAUUUUAGUUUUUAA